AUGCUAAAGCAAAACAAAAUUGUUGAUAAACCAAGACUUUCGGCCGAAUCCCUCUCAAAAGUACUCAUUUACUACGAACCGACACUUCUGCAGUCAAUCAUGUCCUUUUCGAGUGUCAGAGAUCUUUUAAACAACAAUCCAGAAAUUCUAAAUGCAUUCUGCAGAACAAGUGGGUAUUCGAAACAAGAAUGCCUAAGAAUACUAAAGAGUAAUAGCAUUCUAAUAAAGGCUAUACAGAAGGGAAUAGAGAAUGUUGUUACUUUUAACACAAACCAGAGUGAUAUGACACAGUUGUCGGUAUUUAACAAACUUGUCUAUGUAUCUUCGGAUGAUCAGACCUUGAAAGUGUUUGACUUUAAUGGAACACCCGUAAAGAAAUUCAUAGGCCACAUCGGUGGCAUAUGGACAUUUGAUUGCAGCGGGAAUAGGGUUGUAACUGGGAGUACAGACAAGACUGCCAGAAUUUGGGAUUUGGACUCGGAACAGACAAUAGUCACUCUGAAGUACCAUAGAAGUACGGUAAGAGUGCUGAAGAUAUAUGGAGAGUAUAUAAUUACAGGUAGUAGAGAUUAUACAAUCGCCAUAUGGAGUGUGUUUGGAGAUCUUGUCUAUCGGCUGAACGGGCACAGACAGAGUGUACGAUGCUUAGACGUGUGUGAUGGGUACCUAGCAAGUGGUUCGUACGAUGGAUAUUGUAAGCUAUGGGACUAUAAAAGAGGAAAGUUUAUCAAAGAUGUCCAUAAGCACCAAGACAAGAUUUACUGUGUUAGAAUCUAUAAUGACUACGUAGCCUCCUCUGGCUUUGAUUCCGAGGUUAAAAUAUCCAAAAUUGACGGAUCCUCAUACAAAUCAUACAAAGUUCACAGCUCAGUUGUUGGUUGGAUGGACUUUUCAGAUAAUUUUCUAGUAUCAUCGAGCUUGGAUGGGACGGUAGCAAAGUAUAACUACAUUUCAGAGACUGUUGACUUUGUCAUACGGCUAGGUUGCCCAAUCAAAGGACAGAGACUGACGGACACAUUGAUAAUCAUAGCAACGGUGUUUGACGUAAGAAUAUAUUCUCUGCGCACCGGCAAGUUCAUAAGGACACUAAUUACGGCCGAUCUGAUAAGCAAAAUCGAGGUUGUUGACUGGAGAAUAAUAGUAGGAUAUCAGCAGGGAGGUGAAUAUAAGAUUUCAAUGUUCAACUAUGAAAGCUUGUAA